AUCAAUAGAGGCAUAGAACAAAAAACAACUUGAACUUCAACUUGAAGUUGUUUACUUUUACGCUAUAUUCUGUUCAAGGACUAUUUAAAAAUUCUAUUUUAAUAAUAAGGCAAUCGAUCAUGUGGCGGUCACUAAAGCAAGCUGCUGUAAAAUCUAAAUUUCAUAAUAAGAGGAUUCACCGCCAAUAUUCUAAUGAAUCAUCAUCAAGUAAAUCAGGAAAAGUAGCUCUUAUAAUUGCUGCUACUGGAGCUGGAUUAACAACAGCUGCUGUGUAUAGCAAGUAUGAUCCCAAAUUGAAAAGUAUAUUUGAAAAAAAUAUUCCAUAUAUUGAUGAACUAUACAAACUGCUACCAGAUGCCAGUGAGUCUAAAAGUUCAUCAUCCAAAACAUUAUCAGAUGACAAGAAGGAGUCUGCAAUGGCACCCAGCUUAUUGAAAAAGAAACUAGAGCGUGAAAAAGCUGCAAUAGAGUCUCAGAAAUCUGGAAAAGAAUCAAAAUCAAGAGAAUCAUCUCCCAUAAAAGGCAGCGAUCAAAAAACUGUUACAAAUAGUAACGUAAAUAAACUGGAAAGUGAGCCAGUGGAACAGAUUAUUCCAAUGCCUGAAAUCCCAGUUUUGGAGCAUGCAUUCAAUGAAAAUUUGCUUAAUGAUAUUAAGAAAAAACUAGAAUCUAGCUAUGAUGAGACAAUAUCAGCUUAUGAAGAUGCAGUUAAGGCAAUAAGAAGACAUACAAAAUCAUUAUAUGAAGCUUUAGAUUUACCUGAGGGUUCUGAUAGUGAUAUUGUUUGGAAAGAAGCCAACCUGGCUAGCACUGACAAAAAUAAUGCUAUUAAAGAGGCACAAGAUAAAGCAUCUAGCACAAAAACUUUGGCUGAAAAACUAAUAAUAAAUGCCAGAAAAGCAGCUCUUAAAGAUCCCAAUCAUCCAUUAGUUAAGAUCUGUGAAGAUACUGUUGAGAAAAUAGCCAAGGAACUAAAUAUUUCUGAAGCUCAAAUAAAAUCCGUUGAAAAUGAAGCUAAAACUGCUACUGAGUAUCAGAAGCUUGUGAGUAAAAGUAAAGAAGAAUUUCAAAGAGAGUUGGAGAUCGUUUUACCAAAUUAUACUCAUGGUGCCAGUGAUAAAACUAUUACUGAAAGUGAUUUAAAUCUUUUAAUCGCUCAUGCACAUCGAAGAAUUGAACAACUACAGAAACAACUUGCUAGGCAACAGGUCACUGAGAAAAAUAGAAUUGAUGAAGCAUUGAGACAUCAAAAAUUUAAAGAAGAUAAUGUCACAGAAGCUAAAAUUGAAGCUGAAUUGGAAAAGAGAAAUAUAGACUUAGAAUCUGCUGUUACCCAAAGAGUUGCAUCUCUGAAAGAGAACUUUGAAUAUGAACUGAGGAAACAACUUCAUCGACAAGCUGCAGCUCAUACUGACCAUAUACAAGAAGUUUUGAAAGUUCAAGAGCAAGAACUUGAGCGAAAGUUUUCUCUGGAUUUGGAAGAAAAGCUAUUACAUCAAAAAGGAAUUUUCAUAUCGGAAGUAUCUGGCUCAAUGGCUAGGUUAAAAGGAAUCUUAGCAUUUUUAAAGGCUAAAACGGAAUUCGAUAUUGAAUCCAAAAAAGCCCAAUCACUUUGGUUAGCUUGUCAGUCUAUGAGUGAGAAGAUCUCUUCUGAAGCUGGCAACUUAAGUCCUUUAGGAAAAGAUGUUGCUGCCAUUAAACUUUCUGCUGAUGAAAGUAAUGUAUAUGUUAAUACUGUGUUAGCAGGAAUACCAAGUGAAGCUGUGACACGUGGUGUAUUUUCUCCUGAAGUUUUGAAGCAGAGAUUUCUUCAUGUGAAAAAAGUUUGCCGAAAAGUAGCUAUGAUUGAUGAAAACAAUGAUUCUUUAUAUCGUUACUUAUUGUCUUAUCUACAGUCUUACCUAAUUAUUGAUGAAGCUUCCAUACCUAAAGCAGAACUAGAAGGAAAAGUUGCAGUUGAUCCAAGUGAAUGGGAUACUUAUGACAUUCUUUCUAGGGUUUCUUAUUCUUUGAGAACUGAUAAUCUAGAGCAAGCAUUAAGAUAUGCUAAUCAGUUAAAAGGAGAGCCAAGAAUUGUAGCAAAAGAUUGGAUGAAAGAAUUAAGACUGUUGUUAGAAACUCAAGUAGCUGUAAAAGCUCUUUUAGCUCAUGCAGCAGCUGUUGGGGUACAAGCAUACCAUUAAUAAAUUAUGUAUCAAGUUAUAAAUUAAAUAGUUUUAUGUUUCUUAGUUUAAAAUUUUUGCUGUGUUCAAUUUUUUUUCUUGAGUAAGAAAUAAUUCUCUCCAGAAUUUUAAGAAAAAAUUUUUUAAUUUAUUUUAAAUUGCUCUAAAUUUUUUUUUUAAUUUUGAAUAUUUUUAAAGUUAUAGCAAAAUGAUGUAAGACAAGGGAAUUAAUUUUUAUAAAAAUGUCCAUAUCUUCUUAAAUAUUUCAUCUAGGUUUACGAAAUUUUGUGCAGUUAUUGCUUAUUAUAACCAAAAAAUUUGUUAAAAAUUACAAAUUUGUUGCUAGUUUUUUUGGUAUUGGGUGAUCAAAAAAAUUAUUGUCCGUUUGCAAUUUAUUGUCAGUCCCUCAAACCUCUAAAAGCUUAAACUUCAUAGAUAAGUAUGAGAAAUCGCAUGAUCUAAAGACUUAUAAAUUUAUAAAAUGUUUCUUUAAGCAUUUCUUGCCUAAUAUGAAAAAAUGUGUUAGCAUAGAAGUGUUUCCAUUAUUUUGUCCACCCCGUGUCUUUCUGAUUAGUGAUUGCUAGUUGUGAAAAUUGGCGCUUCAGUAUAAGAAGAGAGGCAAUAACAUUCAAAAUUAAUUUCUGUUUCUACUUAACAUUCAAAACAUAAUCCUUAUGAUAUUUUUCCUUGUUAUUUAUUUUUUUUUUCUGUCACACAUGUGAUAUAGAGUGACAAAAUGCAUCUCAGCAUGGAACUGUUCUGUACUAAUAUCAAAGUAUAAUGGAUGGAUUAUCAAUGUUAUAUUUAUAAUUAUUAUUUUUACUUAUUUUUAAAAUAUUAUUUAGUCAAUGGGCAAGAAUUUCUGGGAGAACUUUCAAAUGUUGGUGAUUUAAUGAAAUUUAUUCUUUACACUAAUCAUAUAAUAAAGCUGUCAACUGAUUUCUGUGAGUUGUAGCACACAUACAAUUGCUUUUGAUGGUAUGGUUAGUGUUAAAUUGUAAAUAAGUAUUUGUCACAUUAUGAUAUUUUUAUUAAACUAAUCCUUAAUUUUUGUGUUAAUAUUAUUAUUAUUCUGUUAUUUGACAUCUUAGUAAAUUUGUUGUAUUUGAAGAAUUUCAAAAGUACUUAGUUCUUUAAGUUUAAGUCUAAUUCAUUUCUAGAUAUUGACAAAAAAUUCUUUUUCUGCGCCUUACCAUUUAUGUUACUAUAUGUUAUUUCUAGUGUUACUGCUUGCCAUUUUUUUAAGUUCUUAUAAUUUAGCCAAGAGUACUUAUUUUUUAUAACUAAAAAUAAUUGUCAUUAGUGUUAUAAAUUAAACAAUAUGUUAGAAACAUUGAAAAAGAAAUUAGCCACUUUAUCAAAAGUAGUCUACUUCAUAGUAUUCUAACUCAGUGGAUUCUUGUUUGAACUUAAAAAAAUGAGGCAGGUUUUUUUAUCGAGCUAAUUUAGCUGUAUUUUUCCAAUGUAAAAAGGUUAAUCACAUUGCAAUCAAUCAUAAACAAAGAUAUCAUUUAUGCAA